ACUCCUCCAGAGGGUUAACCUGUAGGAGUUUACCAACGCCAUAAGAUGGCAGUAAUGCAACACUGAGGCGUUCAGCUGCCGUUAAAGGAGAAGAAGAAGAAGAAGAAAAAGCUUAUUGGCGUCUGCUUUGACAUUAGAUGAUAUGAGGAGCUAACGGCAGCCGAGAAGUUUUCUGCUUGCACUAUUGACUUAUUAAAAGUCAAGCCACGAAAGUCAUGGAAAACCAAUGCAAAUAGCAGGUCUCGGACUUUAUUGAUAGUACAGCGGGGCUGCAGCAGGUGGAAGCAGCCGGAUCCGCGGAGAUGGUCAACUUGAACUGGAAGCCGUUCAUCUAUGGAGGGAUGGCCUCGAUUGUCGCAGAAUUCGGGACAUUUCCCAUUGACCUGACCAAAACCAGGUUACAGGUCCAGGGUCAGUCCCAGUACACGGAGGUGCGCUACAGAGGUAUGUUCCAUGCUCUCUUCAGGAUCGGAAAGGAGGAGGGCAUCCGGGCGCUCUACUCUGGGAUUUCUCCAGCUCUGUUGAGACAAGCUUCCUACGGGACAAUUAAGAUAGGAACUUACAACUCUCUGAAGAGGCUGUUUGUGAGUCACCCAGAAGACGAGACCAUGGUCAUCAACGUCUUCUGUGGUGUCGUGUCUGGAGUCCUGUCCUCUUCUCUGGCCAACCCCACUGAUGUCCUUAAGAUCAGGAUGCAGGCGCAGGGCAGUCUGCUCCAAGGCAGCAUGAUGUCCAACUUCAUCAACAUCUACCAGACAGAGGGCACCAGAGGACUGUGGAGAGGUGUCAUUCCCACAGCACAGCGAGCAGCCAUUGUCGUUGGAGUAGAACUUCCUGUCUAUGACAUAACCAAGAAGCACCUGCUUCGCUCCGGCGUCAUGGGAGACACCAUUUUGACACAUUUUAUUUCAAGUUUCACGUGUGGCUUGGCUGGGGCGCUGGCCUCCAACCCUGUUGACGUGGUCCGGACCCGUAUGAUGAACCAGCGAGUUUUGUCAGGAAGCCCCAUGUACAAAGGAACACUGGAUGGAGUGAUGCAGACGUGGAAGAAUGAGGGCUUCUUCGCUCUCUAUAAGGGAUUCUGGCCUAACUGGCUGCGGCUGGGGCCCUGGAACAUCAUUUUCUUCAUCACCUUCGAACAGCUGAAGAAGCUCCCGUUCUAACGGGCAGGGAGAGGGACUUCACUGGUCUGUUAGACUGUGUCGGGCAUAUGUGGAGUGUGAGCACAGCAGCACCUGGAGCUCUGGCACCAGUAUAUUCACACUCCCUUCAAAUUAAUGCCAAUGAUACAAUACAAAAUUAGUCAUAUGCCCAUGCUCAUCCAAAUCUUAUGUUGAUUUUUAUUUUUUUAUUUAUUGUCACUGGUUGUGUUUUUGUACUGUUUUAAGGAAUGUUGCUUUGGUGAUUUCUCUCACCAUCAACCAUACAUCGACACUCCCCAGGCAGCUAAAUGUUUGGUUGUAGCAGAAGACUGAGAGUUUGGAACAUUAGGUUUAUUAUUUGAGCUGAUUGAAAAGACAGAGUUUACUUUGGUGGAUUGGGUGAGUGGAAUCUUUGUGGACCUUCUUAAAAGACGAAACAGAGAUGACACUUGAUUGUUUGCUACAAUUAUCUGUAAGAACAUGGGGAAUUAAUUUAUUCAUAAGCCUAGGAUUUGGAGAAUGUAAUUUCAGACAUGCAUGGGUAUGCAGUUUGUGGUAUUUAAAAAAAAAAUAAGAAUUGAUUUUUUUUAUAUGGAAUGACGUGUAGGAACCCUGUAUUUUUAAUGCAUAGGCACUGCAUGAAAUGUGUUCGGAAAAUGAGUCCGAUUUAACUGAUGAAUAUGGAACUGCAUGGAAGAGUAGAGAAAAUAACAAAGUGACUGUUACAGGUAGUUAAGGUACUGAGAGAGAAAGAGAAAGAAAUAAUGCUCAACAGCACUCCAGAUGAUUAAUGGUUAAUUCACUCAGCGAUAGGUUGUGAUCUUUGCUCUAUUAAGGUGUUAGGUGAAGUUGUCGCAAAGCCUCUGAAAUGCAGUUUUAAUCUUUUAAAUGAGUCAGAAAAUCACUCAACACAUUUGUUAUAAAUUUUAAGCUGAAGAAAACAAAUAAGGAAAGUUUAGUCUUUAUUUAUUAUUUUCUAGGAGAAGCCGUUUCUCGACACAAAUUCUGAACAUCUGUGAUCUUACAGAGCCCCUGAAGUUUAAAAAACAAUCACAAAUCUGUACCAAAGCCUCUAACAACAAAAGGGAGACUCUUUUCAUAACCAAAAGAAGUUGGGUUUUUUUUCGUCUUCAUUUUUAUUUUUUAUUUCAAGGAAAUAUUCAAUACAGAUCAAUCACUCUUAUUGAAGGUGUUUUUAUUUUAUUUAUUUUUGCUCUAGUGUCUUUUUUUCACGUAAUUCACCUCCAGUAUGUUGCAGUAUUGGAAGCUAAUUUUAUUAAUAACCCACAAGACAACAAGCCAGUACAUAAUGUAAAUCGCUGUACAGACUCAUUCACACAUAGAGGUGAAUGUGUUCUAUCUUUUCAUGUCUGGGUGUACAUAUAUAUGCCUUGUUGCGCUAUUCUUACUGUUGUGUCCCUCGUCCGAGGUCAAGUCGUGGCAUGAAUAGGAAAGUGGCAGCUGGCGUGGAGAGAAAGUACAAAAAGAGGGCCCGUGUGCCAAAAUGUGCUUUUACUAAACUGGGUUAAAUUUAUUUGCAGAUAUUUCUUAAACCAGGUUUUUUUGCAGCUAGUCUGCCUAAAAGCUGAAGAAACUCUUUGCUGGAAAGUAUCUGAAAGUUUGGAAUUUAUAACAUUUUUGCUGGAGUUUAGGGAAUGUGAUUCAAAAAAUUCAAUGAUAAACAAACCAAAUGCACUUUUAAUAAGUUAAUAACUUCAUAUUCUCUAUGUGAAUCCAUUGUAACAGUUAUGAUAUUACCACAUGCUACAAAUUAUUUGCAAAUACAAAUUGGCCCUUGUUUGAUUUGCACAGAACAGAAGUCAUCCACAGGCAUCACCAAACAUUUUAAUGUUAUAUUUAACUGUUUUAACUUGUUAUUGUUUUUUAAAGCUGAAUGUAUUCAUUUAGUCAACUUUUGGUAUUUUUUUCCACUCUGGCAGCAGUUUUUUUGUGGUUUUAUAGCUUGUCAUCAGACAGGUGUCCCGAAAUUAUCUUGAGACUAAGACAAGUCCUCUUUCUCCUGUUGUAACGACACAAACAUGCUGGAUUCUUUGACUGACACAUAUUGAAAAUAUAUUGUAUUUUUAUCUUAAACAGCACCAGCACUUCUACAUGUAUACUACUGUAGUCAGCGUUGCUGUUGAAUCGUUUCAGUUCCCUCCUCUGUACUGUCGUUGGCUUGUUAUAUUUAAGGAGAAGACUGUAAACCACCUUGGCUUAAUCUCGGUCAUGUUUUAAGUUUGAGUUACUUGCUUAAUUACCUCGUAGUUUGCUUUCAUCUUUAAAGAAAUACUUUGUGAUUUUU